UUUGACUUCCUGGCACUGAAGAAUGAUGUCAGUUUCUGACGGUCUCGGACAACUCUGUCUGGCCUGUCAGGGCGCACUGUCAUGUGGCGGGCGUUCAGUCAGCUGGUCAUCUUCAUGUACCUGAUGGACGAGGAGACCUCACUGCUUGUGCUCAUCCCCGUCGGUAUUGGAACCAUCAUUGAGAUGUGGAAGGUGCAGAAGGUAACUCCGGUGGACUGGCGUAGGCUGAGGCUGAAGCCGCUCACGCUCACCGAGGCCGAGCAACAGACUUGCCAGUUUGACUCGGAAAGCAUGAGAUACUCGUACGUGCUCUAUCCACUUUGUGUGGGGGCAGCAGCGUACUCUCUCAUUUAUGAAUCUCAUGGCAGUUGGUAUCCACGCCUAGUAAACAGUGUUUACGCAUUUGGGUUCCAGUUUAUGUUGCCCCAACUGUUCAUCAACUACAGGCUCAAGUCUGUGGCCCAUCUACCAUGGCGCUCCUUUAUGUAUAAGGCUUUUAAUACAUUUAUCAAUGAUGUCUUAGCUUUCAUCAUAAUUAUGCCGACAGCUCACAGGUUGGCUUGCUUCCGGGAUGAUUUUGUGUUUCUCAUUUACCUCUACCAGAGAUGGCUGUACACUGUAGACACAUCAAGGAUGGACGAAGCAGCAAUAGCAGGCGGUGAAAUGAAAAUUGCAGAUAAAUCAAAGGACAAGAAGACGCAAUAAACAACGAGCAUUCCGAUAAAUACUGGUGAUAUUUUAAUAUUUUUUUCUUAUUGUAUUUGUUAUUUAUUUUACAAUUGACGAAAUAAAGUUAGACAACUUUU